UUGCGACACUGUGUUGGCACAGCAUCAUGGAUGCCACAGAUUUUUCAAAGAAAACACCUGAGAAGAAGAAGUAAAUUACUUCCAUUUUCAUUAACUGGCACGUUCAGACAGGUCGCUUGUCAAAAGCUAAUCAUGGAAGGAUUGCUGGAUUUUGGCCUCGUAGAAAACAUCUUGUCCAUAUGCAAGAGCAUCUACCAGAUGGCAGAGAAUGUGAAGGCCAACAAGGAGCGCUGCCAGCGGGUUGCCCAGAGAGUCAAAGGACUGGAAGAACUGGUUCUCACCAUCAAACAAAGGGGUCCGGGUCAAGUCUCUGUCACUGUGGAGAAUGCACUGAAGGAACUCUGCACCACUCUGUCCUCUGCCAAUGCGAUGAUGGUGAAAUAUUCCCGAACUAAAGCUUUUAAGAGCUUCCUGAGGUCCGACAGCCAUGAGGACAUGUUCUGCAAGAUUAACGAAAGCCUCACUGAUAACUUCCAGAUCCUUUCUGGGGCUCUACAGAUCGAGCAUGGGAACAUACUGCAAAAAGUGUAUGAAACUGUUUCUGUAAGGAGACAGGAUGAAGAGUAUUGCAGUGUACAAGAUAGCCCCACUACUAGCCCCACAACUCCCAUACCUCUCCCCAGCACCGUGCCCCCCAAUCCAAUGUGUAGCCCCAGAACUCCCAUGCCUAUGCCUGUCCCGUACAUCAUGCCCCCCAAUCCAAUGUGUAGCCCCACAACUCCCAUGCCUAUGCCUGUCCCGUACAUCAUGCCCCCCAUGCAGAUGUCUAGCCCCACAACUCCCAUGCCUAUGCCUGUCCCCAACAUCAUGCCCCCCAUGCCAGUGUCUGCCCCCAUGGCUCAUAUGCCUGUCCGCUGCAUCGUAUCCCCAAGACCAAUGUCCGUUGCCACAGUUCGCACGUGUCUACCUGGAACCAUGGCCCCCAACCUCGUCCUCAGGACCAAUGCCCCGCUGCAAGCACCUAUUGCCACAAUGACAACACAAAAUAGAUUUGUUGUAGGCAGUUAUGUGGUCAGAAACCCUUAUCCUUGAAACAAUGGGGACAUUGGACAAAGAAAGACGAUCAGGAGAAAAGUCUUUCUCCAUAUCUGCAGAGCUCAUACCUUCCACCGUGUCUUUAGGGUUGCAGCCCCCAUUUAUCUAAAGACAAGGCCCCUACAGCAAAAUACACUCACCCUAACAAGUUAUUUGCAUAUUCAACCUUGUAGUGUUUUUCUUUUUAGGGUUGUUUUUAUUUUAGAUGGACAGGAAAGCAGAGAGAGGGUGAUCACAUGUCCACAGCAUUGGGUUUGUGCUUGAAAGGAACUAGUUUGUACAAAGUGUUUGAAGGUGUUAGCCAAAAGGGUUUUCUAUGAUCUGAAUGACAACAGUUAGGGUUUCUGCAUCAUGUAUUUGACCUCAAUAAUUACCUCAAGUUUUUCUAAACAUUUUGAGCUUCAUUUUUUAUUUUUUUUGCCAGGAUGUUGG